CGGGAAAUGCGGGGCGACUCUCCAGCGGCUAAUCCAAGCUCGACUCUUUGAUACCCUCCCUGUGUAUUGUUUUCUGGUUCGGCGUUAAAAUACGGAUUAUGAAGAGGGUCAGACCUCCCCCACAAACUGCCGUCCUAACAAUGACCCCCUGGUCCAAUGGACUACUCAACCUAAAAUCCCGAGGUCACCCGUCGGCUGUACUAUACUGCUGGCGCGUCGUGUUACUUUGUUCUUCUUCUUCUUUUCUUAAGAUGCUUUCUGUUAGAAUAUCGACCGUCUUGACGAACCGGUGGUAAGGCUUAGAUUUGAAAUGCAAAGCCAACUUAUCGUGUUCCUUUUUCAGAAAUAGGAUGGCGGCAAUUGCUGCGGCGUCGGUGGCUGCCACCGCGGCUGGCCUCGCGUAUCUCGACGGCAAAUUCCACUUGCGGCAGGAUUGGCAGCACAUCCGCGCAAAGAAGCAGGGCGCGAAGCUCCUCCAGAAAGCCGUCCAAGAAAAGCGAGUCUCGUCCUACUACUUCUUCGAGAAGCACGCGCAGACCCAGCCCGGCAAGGAGUGCAUCUGGUCGCGUCAGGGAUGCUUUACGUAUGCCGAGACUUACUACCGCGCCAACCAGUAUGCCCAGUGGUUCUUAAAACACGGCGGCGUCAAGCCCGGUGACCUCGUCGCCCUCUUCAUGGCCAACAGCCCCGAUUUCGUCUUCGCGUGGAUGGGACUAUUAGCUAUCGGCGCCGCCCCGGCGCUCGUCAACCACAACCUGACCAAGCAGGCUCUGCUGCACUGUCUGGGCAUUUCGGAAGCCAAGCUCGUGCUAGCCGACGGCACGCCUCAACUUAUGGAGCGCAUCGACGCCGUCAAGGACGAACUGGCUGCAGAGGGGGUGACUAUCGUGAAACUAGCCGAUAUCAAACCCGAAAUCAACGCCACGAAAGGCGAGCGGCCGCCCGACGAGUUGCGUGAGAAUGUCCGGCCGGACUCGCCAUUUGGUCUGUUUUAUACUAGCGGCACGACUGGUUUGCCUAAAGCCUGCGCGCUGCCCGCGGCGGCCGCCUUCGGGUAUGGAGUCAGCAUAGAUUGCGGCUUCUCGUAUGUUAAAGGUACUAACCAGCGCUACUACGACUGCAUGCCGCUAUAUCACGGCACGGGAGGUAUUAGCGGCAUGACGCAGCUUCUGACGGGUCAGACGCUCUGCAUCGCGCCCAAGUUUAGCGUUUCCGGCUUCUGGGACGACAUCAGAGACAGCGGCGCCACGUGGUUCGUUUACGUCGGCGAGACAUUGCGAUACCUACUGGCAGCGCCACCGUCGCCACGUGAUAAGGAGCACAACGUGCAUUCCAUCUAUGGCAAUGGCUUGCGCCCGGAUGUCUGGAAAGCGUUCCGCGACCGCUUCGGCAUCGACACCAUCUUCGAGUUCUUCAACUCGACCGAGGGCAUCAUGCCGCUCGACAACCCGGCCCGAGGCGACUUCCGCGCGCAUGCCGUUGGCCACCACGGCUUCUUGCAGCGGUGGCGUUUUCAUAACGUCUUCGUACCGGUGGAGAUUGACGUCGAUACGGGGGAAAUCGCGCGCGAUCCUAAGACGGGCUUCGCGCGGCGAGUGCCCUACUCGAUUGGUGGCGAGAUACUUGUAGCACAACCGCCCACGAUCACGCCCGCUUUCCCAGGGUACUACCGCAACGAAGAAGCGACAGCGAAGAAAUACGUGCGCGAUGUUUUCCGGAAAGGCGACUUAUACUACCGGACAGGGGAUGCCUUGCGACGAGACGACGAUGGGCGGUGGUUCUUCCUAGAUAGGCUGGGGGAUACGUUCCGCUGGAAAGGAGAGAACGUAUCCACAGCCGAAGUGUCCGAGGUGUUGGGUCGAUAUCCGGGAGUGAGUGAGGCGACCGUGUACGGCGUAUCUCUGCCGAAUCACGAUGGAAAGGCCGGUAUGGCGGCUAUCUACAUUGACCCUACCAUCAAGACUUUUGAUUAUAACGGAUUGCUGAAACACGCCCGUGCCCACCUCCCCAAAUACGCCGUUCCCAUCUUUAUACGUCGCAUCUCCGCGCGUUCCGCCACCCACAACAACAAACAAGAUAAGCUCCCGCUCAAGCGCGCCGGCGUUGAUCCGGCCCAGACGGCGCCCGACCCUGUCUUCUGGGUUCCCGACCACGCCAAAGGCGGCAGCGCUUACGUACCCUUUACGCAACAGGACUGGGAUGCGCUGGAGGGCGGCCGUGCUAAGCUGUGAGCUGCAAGCUGAGAGCUGUGACAAAAAAAAUACAGGGAAAUCGGGAGGAAAAGGGGCGCGCGUAGAGUUUUGGGCUUUCUGCCUAGGGUGAUGGAUACGGUUGCGUGGAGGUGCAUUAGCCGAAUACGAAUCGAACGUCUUAUGUCUCAGAUAAAUAUCACUCGUGUGAGACAAGACACGCCGUGAACCAAGUCAGCUUAGGUAGGUAUGUACAUAUGAGGUAUAUAUAAUAAAAACUAACGGCAUUGCUUUACAUAGUAAGAUGAAGAUAUAUAGCCUGAGCUCUGAAAGAACAAUAGAUAGGUAGUAACUAGAAGAUAGUAAAGAGAUGCAUAAGUCAAAGUACUUGCUGAUAUAUAUAUAUAUAUAUACAAAACACCGAAUAAUAGUCGUUACGCCCUCCUGGUUAGUGUUGGAGGUAGUCGCGACGUUAGCUUAAGAUAAUAAGAUCUCGCGUAAACAUA